AAGUGCUUGAUUUUUCUACCUUGACGAGAUUAGGAGGGGAGCAGGAGGGACGGGGAUUGCGGUGAUAAACAAACACACGCAGUUUUCUCGCUGCUGUCUACUCACCGGCUGACUUUCAGGAGAGCUGACCUUCACAGAGUCAGCUUCGGCGUCCGACCCGGUUAAAAUAUCCCGGACUUAAACAGGAGAAAAACCCGGAUCUGAUCCCCGCUCUCCCUACCUCCCCCCCAGCACCAAGAGUCGGCUUAUGUGACACAUUAACGUCCCGCCAGCGAACCAAGCGAACAUGACGGAGCUGAGGAAGCGAGGUGGAGGCGGAGGAGACCCUGACAGCACCGACAAUAUCAGCGACAAAGUAAGGCGAGCAGAAACAGGCCCACAUUGACCGGUCUGACGCCGAAAACGUCAGCCUGAGGACCGGUUCGACUGGCUGUGGGAGCCGCGGGUCUGUCAGGUUAAGCGGGAGGGGGGGCGGGGGGGCUAGUUAGUUAGCUGCUGUAAUCCUGCUGCAACAUCAACACGGCCACGGAAACGCACUGUUCGCUGAGGCGUUUAGGGACUCAGCGCGGCUGGGAAUGUCACGAUAUUUCCAUUUGCUGUCAGUUAACACACGAAGAACUGUUAAGGCAGGUUAUUCUGUGUCAGGGGUAGAGCCGGAUUGGAGCAGGUGAAUGGUCGCAGUAGGACAGGUGAAAGGCUGGAGGCCUCAGGUGAACGUUGGGAAGCUUUACAUAGUGACUUUUAGAGUUCUAAAAAAGCCUGUUUGUGGUGUUUUUUCAACCUCUCUUUUGCAUUUGAACUACCAGAAUAUAAAGCAGAAGCAGUGUGGGUGUUGCAUAACUGAAAUAGUUUAAAUACUUUGCUCUGAAUAGCUAAACCAGCAGAGUUCAGUAAACCAGUAAAAUAUUGACUCAUCAUAGUUAGGCAUGUCUCAGUGGUUCACGCAUCCCUGGUUAAAUGGACAUAAGCUGCUAUAAUCAGGUCAGAGAGCUACAGAUGAAUAUGUAGCUGUAUAUCUAGGUUUGAACAGGUAAAUCACAACUCCAGAAAAGGUGAGAGAGUGUGAUAGAUGAUAAGUGGCUCAGGUGAACACAGCACAUUAUUUAACCAUUUUAUUUUAGUGUUUUCUGCUGCUUCCUUUUUUACUCUCAAGACCACAAAGUUAAGAAAUACAUGAAGACAUUAAAGCCCAGCCUUCAAACUGGAUUGUUCUAUCUUCUGAAAAGGGAACCUUCUGUGGUUCAAAAUGCUCUUUCACUCUCAGACAAAAUUAUUUAACAUCCUCAAACCCUAAAGUAAGAUGUUUCCCUGACUACAGUGAAGGGGUCUUUUACACUUGUUGCCACACAUCAUCAGAGAGGAGAUGAAGAAGAAGCAGCAGCUGCUAGUGAGCUAGCUUUAACAGUUACACAUGCAGCAGAGGGUUGUGGCCUGGAGUUGAACCAGCAACUUCUGCACAUGCUUGUUAAUGCUGCAGGAUCAGUGGAUUGUUCAAACCCCUCUUACUGUGCAGCUUCAAUGUCUUUCUUUCACACUGGGCUCCAUAAAAAAAACAGAUCAUAUGGAGGCAGCUAACUGCUGAUUUGUUGCUCAGUGGCACUGAUGGCAGGUCGAACACGUCCACUCUCUAAAAAAGCUGUGUUUUGUUCUCAGCUCAGGCUCUGUUGCUAACAAACAACUUCAACAAGUUUCGGGCUCUUUUGCAGUCAGUCUUCCUGAUCUGACCCCUGAGAAGAGAGCAGAACAUUUUUUCAUUAUUGAGAUUUUUUCUUCUCAGACAGCAAAAUUGCAGAUCCUUCUGUGUUUCCUGUGUUUAAUAAUCUGUGAGAGUCCACACUCUUUGGUAAUGCUUUGGGAUGAAAGUAAAUUAAGAGUCAGGACAGGUGUACUUUUUUGUUUUUAAGGUGUCCACAAACUUUCUCUCAAACCACAUUCACUUAACUUUAUUUAACAUCCAGGGCUGCAUGAUGAUUUAGUGAGAUUCAAUUUAUAAUGGACAGCACUCUCAGCAGUGUCCUUACCAAUCAAAAUUCAAUGCAUUUCUUCAAAAGUGCAAAGACUAACCACUGUCACUGCAAACUUCAGGCGUAUUUCUUCACUCAGGUGAAUUCAUCAAACUUUCCUGACUCUGUGGCGAUAAUUUUGCAGUUUAAGCGCUGUCUCCCUCUUCAAUGUCACUGCACCUGAAUCCAAAAUAAUCCUGUGUAGCAGAUAUUGCAUCUUUUUCAUGCUUUUGCUUGCUGGUGUCUAUAUUGGUCAAUCUGCACUCUUGAGCUGGGUGGUCAUGUGACUAUGCAAACAUGCUGCACAUGCUCACAAACAUUCAAAGCAGCUCAUUGGAGUAAACAGACUCCAGCCAAUUAGAGACACAGAUGCAACUGGCAGCCUAAUGAUGUGCACAUCCUCAGAUGGUGAUUAGGUCUGCAGUUAGAUUUCUCAGCAGCACUUUUGAAAUCAACAUCUCUGUCAUGAAAAACAGUUGUCGUAGCAGCCCAUAGCUUACUGAAGUUCAUGAAGGUGAAUGGAUGGACAUGGAUGGAGGAGAUGCUGCAGUCCACAGGUUUCUUUGACCACAGUUAUCAUCAGCUGCAGCAUCAGCGUCAGUAAGAAUGCUGAGAGGAUAACAGUCAGCAUAAAAUACUACCUUUGAUAUUUGAUUGGUUCACUGCUGUUUAAUUGGCACACAUGUUGACGACCCUCUGUCAGAUUAGUCCCAGCAUGCAUCUGCAAGGUGUGACUGUAUUUUGAAAUGCUGCAGAGGCAAUGAAUCCCCUUAUGAAAGUUUUGAUCUGUGUGUUUGUUCGGAGAGAUGCUUCCUGGUUUAUGGACUCCAUGGAGGUUUUCCCUCCGAGUGUAAACACAGAUCUUAACACUUGUGCAGACAGUUUACAUCCACUCAUGUCUCUUAGUCCUUCCUCUUUGUUUCAAAGGUCAGACAGAGCCGGCCCCUCAUAGCACCUCCACCAGCCUGUCUAAUACAUGCAGAGGUCAUUGAGCAACAACCCCAACCACGCCCACAGAUUAUAAACCCCCCCCCCCGCUGCUGCUACAUGUCUGACACACUGAAGUUUACCUCUGAGCCCUCACAUUGACCAGCAUUUCCAAACAAGGAACAAGGAAUUAAAGCAUGUUUCUCUGCACAUUGUCAUUGGUGGUGUCAUUUUAUAGGCGUUGACCAAUCACAAUUUCUAAACAUCUGAUGAUCUGAAGAUCAGCUGAUGACCAAAAUACAACACCAGUAUCAUGUUAAACAACAGUUUGAUAUUAUUAAGAUAUCUCUGGUGAUGUGCGACUCAGAUAUAUGACAUCUGUCGAAUAAAAUGGCAUUGUGAAAUGUAUGUGAAGCCCUGCUGAUGUCAGAACAACGCUCAGUAGACUGUGACAGAGUCAGUGAAGUUGUUUGAGGAUGGGGAGCUUGCGUCAUGAAGGACCUACAGUGUGUAAUUCAGCCAGGGGAGUUUUUGAAGUUACAACACCUCUGUGAAGGGAGGUGUUUCUUUGCAAACACUGAAGGACAAUAAAGCUGCUGCAGGUCAUUAUAGGGGUCUGGUUGAAUCAAAGCUGAAGGCAGAAAAGCUCAAACUGCUGGUUUCUAAAGACAUGCAGUCUCCUUGAGUGUUUUUCUGCAUCCUCAGACCCUCUAAACUUCAGACUCUGGUCCUGAUUGUUGAGCAACUGGAUCUAAACUGGAUGCUGUUAACUGUCAAAUGGUUGGGUUGCAUCAUGUUGGUCCUCUUUGUGCAACAUCCAGAGACUGACUGACAGUUUUAGUUCACUGGACACUCACAGACUAAAAACAGAAGACUGAAACACACACACACACACACACACACACACACACACACACACACACACACACACACACACACACACACACACACACACACACACACACACACACAAAUGCAUUUGUUAUUUGGCCUUUUGGACACUCAGUACCUUGCUAGCCACCAUUAGACACAUUUUGUUAUCGGCACCUCCUCCAUUGAGUCUGCAUUUUGCUGGCUGUUGAGGACCCCCCUUCCCUUGAUCACAUGACAAGGAGUCAUGAGAAACAUGACUGGACUGAUUCAAGUAGGGACAUUAUGGGGGCUGAGCGGUGAGCCGUGUUUACAUUGAGAGAAGUAAAGAAAACUUCCGAGGCUCAGAUCAAAGUUUCAUAGUGACACAUUUAUCGGCUCUAUGUUCCCAUUUAAAACCCUUUGGCAUUAAUUCAAGAGAAAUCUUUAACUUUCUGCUGCUUGACACCGAAUGUGUCUUCUUCAUUUGUAAUCCUCAUUGACCUUCACACACCCUGCUCCUCUUUGACGUUUUAGUUUCCACAUCACUGGGGUCUGUCCAGGUUCAAGUGCAGCCGGCUCAGUUGUUGGUUCCUCUUUAAAUCAACUUCUCUUCUCUUGCUGAACUGACACUAGACCAGAGUGAAAUUUAAUGAAGGAACAUACUGCUAAAGGAAGCUGAAGUGAAGCGUCUGCUUGAACUCGUGUUUACAGUCAAACUGAGACUCACCACAAACAUAAAUGAGGGACCUGGAAGGGUCCAGGUCACCUCUCUUUGGACAUGAACUCCUACGUUUCUACAUGGGCUGGUCUGAACAGUUGGCUGUUAGAGGCAUGUUUGUGUUUAGGUUGAGGAAUUAGGUUUAGGAAUGAGAAGACAUUCAGAGCAGAGUGUUAUGAGUGUAUUUGUGUCUGAGGUUAGAGAAUCACUCUGUUGUGUCAGAGUGUGCAGAAACACCCAAACAUGAGGCGUAGCUAAAGCAGUGUGUGGUUAAAAAAAAAAAAGACACAUACAUCAAACACUGCUAAGACGUCCCACACAGACAGACACACACCCGUUUACAGCCUCCCUGACUUAUCUCCAGGCCAACGGUCGCCAUCAUUAAUUACUCACACUAACUCAGCAGUGUGUGUCGAGAUCCUCCUCCAUGCUGCGCCAUGUAGCUGGACAGUCAGCGGCUGCUUGAGACUCCACAUGACAGCUGACCUUGGUGGGCUGUCUGCUGACCGGCUGGAUGUCCAGCAGCAGCAGCGGCGGCCCCGGUGGCGAUGGCAGCAGCAGUUGGUUUAAUGCUCUGCUGAUCCUGCUCAGAAAGAUCCUUGACAGCAGAGUCUGUGCAGCUUCACACCAAGAGAGUCUGCAUCCAUAUAACCUCUGUGAGUCUGUGUUUUAACCUCCAACUCAGAAAGGGCAGCAUAAGCUCUGCAGCUGUGGAGAUAUGAACAUAUAUUUGGGAUGUUUUUGUUUGACAUCUCCUGAUGAUGAAUAUUCAGUGGAUUAUCUGUCUGUGUCUCGAAGAAGCACACAAGACAUUUAAUAAAGCUAAACAAAGUCAGACGCUGCAGCCGACAGCAUGCAGUCAAACUAUUGUUGUCAUGCAGAAGAGUGUAGCUCACUAAAUGACAUGGGUGACGACUGUGGCAUAGUGAACAUCCUAACCUAACAGACAGUAUAAUGCCAGUUUGCCAGAUGGUACUAAUCUCUGUCAGGAGUCUGUUUCAGCCACAUCAAACAGGAUUAGCAUGGAUCCUUGAAGAGUCAUAGAAAGUCUUAACUUGGAUUUUCAAAAUUUAAGGUCUAAAAAGUCAUUAUAUACUUAGGUGGAAUUAGAUGGAGCAUGUCUGAAUACAAAAUCAAAUCCCUAAUGUCUGGAUGGCAUCAUAUCAAAUAUUCUUCUUCUUCGUAUUGUGGAUUUGUGUAUACAUGAACAAACCACGAACCAGAGAAGGAAAAUGAAAUAAGAGCAUGCACACUUAAGACAAUAAUGCACUUUAAGGAUGAAAAACAGUGAAUGAAUGAUUUGAAGAUGCAGAAACUUAAAAACAUUGCGUUGAUAUAGACUUUGACAAUGUUCCUGAUGACGCUGGGUUUCACAUGACGUGCUACCAGCGAUUUAUUUGCAAAAGGCGUUUGAGAAACAAGAACGUGAUGCAGCCGCGGGUCAGUCAAACCCCUUCAGCCAGCAUCACCGAUGCAUCCACGUCCACGGCAUCUGAAACUCCACGAAAGAAACUUCGCUCGAGGUCAUAGGCUGUAUUGGGACAACGGAAAAAGUGCCUAGAAAGUGAAUUUUGUUCAACUACGCUGGUGCUACUUGUUCAAUGCAUUUUUGCAUAGACAAUACCAUUCUGGACUUUGGGUUAAAAUAUCUACUCAGACUAUCUGUCCGACUUUUGUCACCAGCCAGAAGUGAGUAACCCAAAAAACAAUUAUAUGGUGCUGCUGUUUUUGCUUGUAGAAACUGCUAUGUUGAUUCUGGCAAGACAAAAUCUUUCUCAAAUAUCAUAAAUACAUCUACCUAACACCUGAAACAGUUAUUGGUGCCUUAGUAUACGCAUAAGUGAAUUCAGAUUAUGAAAUGUAGCAAAUUUCUUGAAGAAAACGUCUCAACUCAAGUGAUUUGCACCCAGCACAAUGAAAUAUAUACAGUAAAUUUAGCUAUGUUUAGCUUAUGUUUCAUACAUAAAAAUGACACAACCUACUGUGUAAUAAAAGCAAUAAAAUAUAAACAGCACAUCAUGGCCAUAAAUGGCUGAAAGUCAAUCAAAUUGCUACCAUGCCCCCCAAAAUUGGAAUAAUGGAAAAAAUGUAACAAGACAAAAAUAAAUGCACAAAAGGUCUGAAUUAAUUCAAUAUAUGGUAUAAAACAUGUAUUCAAGUAUUACAGUGUCAAAACAGCUGACAUUUAUCAAUUCCUCCAGAAUAUGAAAAUAAAGAUCAAAACACAAACGCAGACAAAUCAUAAUAAACAUCUCAAAUCUCGGUGUAGCAAUCCUUUAAACAAAACAAAUUGCACAUGGUGACAUGGUGCGUAUAUUACGCAUCACUAUCACUUUCAUCAGAGUCAUCAUCCCAUACAGCUCUUUUUUCAGUUUCCUUUGAAGCAUUCUCACAUGCUUGGCACCGACAUAAAUCUGUACAAGGUAGUCUUGCAGACAUACAAGAACAUCGUUCAGUCUCACAUUUGGUUGUCUUGCAACUACAGUGGACAAUCUGCAAAACACUAUCAGGGGCAGGAUUUGUAGUCAUCCAUGUCACUGCCAACUCCAUAUCCACCGACAGAUUUAUCUAGGCACUUUGUCCCAAAUACAGCCUAAUUUAAAGACAAAGUUGAACAACUAGUUCAUUCUAUCAUUGUCGGGGUACCAGAAAAUUUCUGGGUUUUUAACACACAUUUCCGUAAAUAAAACUUUCCUCUUCCUGCUUUCCUCUCACCUCCUCCUGCUUCUCUCCCUGCUCCCCUCUUCCCACUCUACUCCUCCUGCUCCUCUUCCUGCUCUUCUCUCUCCCCCUCCUGCUCCUCUCCCUGCUCUCCUGUCACCUCCUCCUUCUCUUCUCCCAGCUCGUCUCUCUACUCCUCCUGCUCCUCUUCCUGCUCUUCUCUCUUCUCCUCUUGCUUCUCUCCCUGCUCUUGUCUACCUGCUCUCCUCCUCUUACCUCUUCUUGCUCCUCUCUCUCCUCCUCCUACUUUCCUCUUCCUGCUCUCAUCUCACCUCCUCCUGCUUCUCUCCCUGCUCUCAUCUUCCUGCUCUCCUCCUCCUGCCCCUUUCUCUACUCUCCACUCUCCUCCUCCCGCUCCUCCUCCUGCUCCUCUCCCUGGUCUCCUCUCUCCUCUUCCUGCUCCUUUCCUGCUCUUCUCUCUUCUCCUCCCACUCUUCUUUUUGCCCUUCUUUCUUCUUUUCCUGCUCCUUCUCCUGCUCCUCUCCCUGCUCUCCUCUCUCCUCCUCCUGCCCCUCUCCCUGCUCUCCUCUCUCCUCCUCCUGCUCCUGUCCCUGGUCUCCUCUCUCCUUCUCCUCCUGCUCCCCUACCUGCUCUCCUGGUGUUGUGAUAUUUAUUCAAUCCUGCUGUAUUCUGAACUUUUGGAGAUGUGAGAGUUUGAAGUUGAUGCUAAGAAGAGUUGAUAUUAAAUGAUAAAGAAGCUCAUCUGUCUGGAUAUGCACAGUGUUUGAUUUUUGCAGAAAUCCACCAUGUUGAUAUUUUUGAACUCAUGUUAGCUGAGUAAAUCCAGGUAAAUCAUUAGCCCCCUGAAGGUUGCAUCUCCAACCCUGUUGACAGGCUGGUUGUUUUCUUAUUAAGCUCCAUUAUUUUUGGUUGUCGGCUUUGGGGAAGGACUGACAGGUUUUUUGUGGCGCUGCUUGAACGAAAACAUGCAGACGUCUGGUGUAGACAGAGAGUUUUUGGAUGAAGCUGCUCUCAUGUCACAUGUUCUGCUCAGUUUGCAGCUCCUUUGUGUUUACCUGUAACGCUCGCAUACUCUCAUCUCCCAGACUGGUUGGACCUCAUAGCAGGAGCUGCUCAGUUAGUGCGCACACUCACAGCGUGCCUGACCCCAAGGUACUUGCAUAGCAGUCAGCAUACUUGACUAAAUGAAGCAAAGAUUAAGAGUGUUUGACGUUUAGAUUAACAGGCUUCAGCACAUUCACACAGAUUAGACCCUAAUACUGCAGAUCUGCAUGUAACACAUGAGUAUCAAAGCUUAGGCCUGCUCCACGCUGCAGGGAGAGUUAAUGUACUGCAGUAAACGGAAGUUUUCCUUCUGCAGACCACCUCAUCUGUCAACAAGAGGUCAUAGAAGAUCUGUGGAAAAGUCCAAUCGUUUCUUCUUUUCAGAAAGAUACAAACCUGACCAGGUAGCAGCGAGUUCUGCAGGCUCUUGUCUGCACUGAUCUGAUCACUACUGCUGCAGACUGGGCUCACACAGGUGCUGCUGAUAACUAUCUCAGCCUCUCUGUAGGUGCUCUGCUUGAUGUUAGGUUCCUGUAUUGUUUUUGUCUUUACUCAGGUGUGUAACAGAGGGUAGAUUAUCUGCAGGGGUGUUCCUGGAAUCAAACAAAGAAAGAAAAUAAACCUGCAAACAAAUGAGUAGAUUUGGUAAAGUGCAUCCCUCUGCAGUGGGUGAGCUGCUCUCUUCUGGUUGGAGGCUUGCUCUAACUUUGGCCUUUGUCACUCGAGAGAGCUGCUGUUAGUGUUUGACUGAAGCACAGACUUUGGCUCCGCUGUGUUUACUAACCCUCUAAAGCUUUUGUUGUCCACCCCAGGAAAUCAUAACUUUCUCUUAGUUUAUGACUAACAUAAACUGGGAUAAAGCAAAAGAGUCCAAGUGCUCUGUUCAUGUCUGGAUCUUGAAUGGUUGUAUGUUGGUCAUGAUGUGAUUCAACAGUGAAGCCAGAGACUGUUUUCUGCACUCUGGACAUAUGUAUCCAACCAUCCCUCCAUCUGUGUCCAUGCAUUUGGAUGUUUUGUACUUGUUAUAUUUGAGGUUCUUAGAAAAAACUAAAUAAAUAAACAAAAAUUAAAAACCAGUAAACCUGUGUUUUAGCCGUUUUGGUAAAGUAUGGGAUUGUGCAGUUAACAGAUAAAUAUGUCACCUGAGUCCACGGUACAAAUUACCAAGUAGGGUGUUUCAUCAGAUUUACGAAGCCUUUAUCCUGUACUACGCUAAACGGCUGGUCCUCCAGUGCCACGAACUCCAUUAUUUUCCUAGUGGUGGCUUUGGACUUUUCAGUAUUGAUGUCAAACAUAGGAGCCACGGCGGAGGGUUGUUGUGGUCGCUGCGACUCUGCUGCAUCCCUCCUCUUAGCGGCAGUGUAUUCCUUAUAUUUGCUAAACAAGCCUGGGUGCUUCUUUUCCAAGUGGCGUAUUAAGUUUGUUGUUCCAAAUGUCUUAGGCGUUGAUCCUCCACGGCUGACUUUUGACUUGCAAGCAUUACAAAGAGCGUGUUUUGGGUCGCUCUGGCACACAGUGUCAAAUCACCGACAUGUUUUCCUCCUGAGUCUUGCUAAUUUUUAGCAGUUUUGCUCGGAGCUGAUACGCACCGCGCAUGCGGGUCAGUUUGCUCGGGGAAAACCGGAGAGUUACGACAGUGACCGGCCGGUCACCGGUUGGGGCCGGUUGGAUAUAAAACCGGCUUUUUAAAUCGGCGGCCGAUUAAUCGGUGCAUCUCUAGUAGAAGAUGCUGCAGAUGUUUUAUCAGUCUGUGGUGGCAAGUGUGCUGUUCUACGCUGCAGUCUGCUGGGGAGGAAGCAUCAAACACAAAGAUGCAAGACAUCUGAACAAACUGAUUAAAAAGGCUGACUCUGUGGUUGGAUUCAAGCUGGACUCAGUGGAGGAUGAAGUGGAGAGAUCUACACUGAUGAAGGUGGAGACUAUUCUAAAGAACAUGGAUCACCCACUUCACAACACCUCGAUGGACCAAAGGGCCAAUGGUGGUGGACAGCUCCUCUCUCUUCACUGUAGAACAAAAAGAUUCAGAGGAUGUUUUGUACUAAUAGCCAACAAACUUUACAACUCUUCUGUAAAUCGUACAUUACUUUUAGAGCCAUGACAGAUGAGAUGACAGACAUUUGAAUUUCCCUUCGGGGAUCAAAAAAGUUAUCCUUACUCUUAUUCGUAAUGCCAGGAAAACACCUUUUAAAGUUUGAGAUUUGAACUCACUCAGAGAUAGCUGACCCACCUGGAUGGCUUUAUAGUCAGUGGAGCAGGAGUUCAAAUGAUCCCUGUGUCUGACUUAUGCAGCAUUUGGCACUCAUUCUCUAAGACAGCAGAGCUGCUGUUCUUGUGUUUUAUUUUCUGCUUUUUUUCCUGUCAUGAUGCAGUCCUUCAGUCUGCUCCUAAGCAGAAAUUUUCAGUUACACCUCCGCUCAACUGAAUUCCAUCCUCAUCCCCUAACCCCUGUCUGAACCCCCUCCUGCUCCAACUUUGAGCCUUUUCCAUCUAAUCACAGCGUCUGACAGAGAUCACAGGCCUGCUGUCUGAAUGAACUGCUCUGGGGUUAAACCCCGGCGCUGCCCCUGACCGUAUUUAGCAACGUUUGAGAAAAACUAACCAUGAAAGGAGAGAAACGUCCAGGAGGAAUCAAAGAGCCUCUCAGCUGCUUUUAAUCUGAGGAGGAAUUUCACUGCCUUUCAAAAAUGGACCUCUUUUGGGCAGGAAAAGUGUCAGAGUGGCAGCUUUGUUACACCAGAGGCCAUCUCCGGUGUAAACUCAGGAGGAGCAGAUGUGUCGGGCUGAAGUUCUAAUGUGUCACUUUACUCAUUUAUUAAUGAAGUCAGAGCGUCUGAGAGCAUCGACCUCACAUUCAUCAUGUUCCCUUAAAUCCCUGAGUUAAUGGCUCCAGAGUUCACAGCUGCUGUGGAAAUGUGAUAUAUUUACAAUGGUUAUCAUCAGCAAGAAAAAGAGGGUGUGAAACUUUUUACAAAUCAGUGUGACAGGGAUGGUUUUGUUCCAGGUGUCAGAGAGUGGAGUUGUUAAAGAAGCAUUUGAACUCUAACAGGUUUUAUCAUAUUUGAACAGAGUUAGAAAUAAGGAUGACAUUGGUUACUUCAUAACAAUACAAUACAGUGUCUCACUCUGUGAAAAUCGAACUGAUACUUUUUCAUCCACAUUUGAAUGUCUGUGAAGUCAAUACUUAGGUAUCCUGGAUAGUGCAUUCAGGAGUAUAAAUUCAUGGAUAUAUCCUUGAUAAUGCCAUAGGGUUAGUCAAUCUUGUUUUCCUUAAUAGUGCAGCUAGGGUUUUGACAUACCUGAUAUCCUGGAUUUUGCCGUGGGGUUUAUUAGUUACCCUAGAUGUCGCAGCCAGUCACCAUUAUAAAUAGCUGGGUAUCCAGGAGGAGCUAACAGAUGCAUUAACUGGCUGGUAUAAAGGGAUCUCUGUGUUACAUUCAAGAAAACGUGUCCUCAUGGUUCAGAACAAAAGGGAUACGGAACAAAGAGGAUAUACAUGUGACUGUAGAGCCAGUGUGUCUGUGUUGACUUGGAUCAAACCAGAUUAAAGAUUCAUGCAAGGUUUCAGGCUGAUACCUGGGCAGGAGACACUUCACCUGCACAGUCCUGCCCAGGUGUCCCUGAGCCAGGCAUCAAAACCACCAGAGACCAUGAGGACGACAUCUGUGCUCAGAAACUCAGUUUUUCUUCUUUUUGUCUUUUUUCUAAUUUUUCUGCUUCUCCCUCUUUUCUCCUCCUCCCCACUUUUCACCCCCACCCACCAUAAGAGACAAUUUUAUUCUCCUUUGACUCUUCUUCUCUUCUUUUUCUUUGGUGAGAGCUGACACUUACAUGAAAUGUUGUGAUGUCUAUUUUGCAGAUAAUCUAAGUUGGAGUAGCAGACAUCAGUUUUUGUUGUAGAGCCACACCCCUGCACACACACACACACACACACACACACACACACACACACACACACACACACACACACACACACACACACACACACACACACCUGAAGGUUCACUCACAAACUUGAGCCUCACCCAGGUUUAGAGGAGACAGUCUUCAGCUCUGUAGUCCUUUGCUUUGUCCCAGGUGAGAGCCUUAACUCUGGGCUAGUUCAGCUGUCGUUAAUCUGUCCGUGCUCGGUUUAUUCCGAACUCUGUCUGAAUCACCUCAUUUUCCUGCGUUUGCAUCCAUGGAAGUGUUUGUUCUUUAUCUUUUCCUGGAUGCUUCUCAGACUGUCUCUGAUAUAUCACCCUGUGGACUCUGCUCUGUGCCACCCUCUCUGUCGUCAUCAGUAUUUAGAUAACUGUGUGUUUCUGUGUGUUCCUGCAGGAGGCUGACGGUGAUGACAGGCUGGGCCUGCAGGGCGAUGCAGAGGGAGAAAUCGAUGCUGACGCCAAAGCAGACACUCCGGAUGUCCCUCUAUCCACCGCAGAUACGGACAACACUCCACAAUGCCUGAACAAAGCUCUGGAGGGCCUGCCACCCAGGUACACACUGUCUUACACAGAUCAUCAGGAGAGCUGGGUGCAGCCGGCAGUGUUUGCUUCAGUGUCUGCAUGGAUCUAUUUACAUCGUUAGCCUCACUUGUUGAAUUGUGUAUAUCCCCUCUCUUUAUAUGUUAGCUAUAUUUAGGACCCAGUCCAUAAUGAUAUGACUACAAAGUGUGCUAAAUGGGCUUAAAGUGUUGCUGAGUUGAAGAUCUGUCCCUCUGAAAUAAGAUAAAAUGGAGCCUUUCACUAUUUACAGUGAAACUGAGACUCACCGCAAACCAUGAAUGUAGGAGACACAGAAAUGUGCAGUAAACUAAAAUAUGGAGACAGGAUUGUGUUGAAUCAGUACAAUAAAUGGCCUGAAACCCUGUACAGGAGGAGGAGGGAUGUGGAGCAGCCUGAGGUCUGGUUUUAAUGGACUACAGCUCUGAUGUUGCUGUAAGAAGCAGUUUUCCCCCUGAACCAUUAUUAAGAGGACCCUGACAGAGUGAUUGAUCAUACCCUCGUCAUACAUGGAGGUUAAUUGGAUCAGAAAUAGAUUUCAGCCAGCACACUUCUUAUUAAUGCUGUGAAGGAUCUGCAGGAGAAAGUACAUUUUAGUCAACCAGAGGACAUGAAAAGAUGGUUGAAGAUCUUAAUAAUCCACUUGUAAAGUUAGGGAUUUAACCAUUCCAAAAUCUCAUGAUACACUGAUGCCAUGAGAACAAGUCAACAAAAGGAUUAAGAAAAGAAAGAUGAAGAUCAAAUGAAUUUUCUGUACCCCAGAGUAUGUAUUUGGUCCAACCAUUUUUGACUGGACCCUUACCAGCCAACUUAAACAUGGAUGAAUAAAUACAUUUUGGAUUCCCCUCCACUUAACCAGAUUUGCAAGCCACUGGUCCUUCAAAGUCCCAAGUGUUUUGGUUCAGUUUGAGUAUGUUGAUGUUGAACUUGUGGGCUCUGCAGUUUUUAGAUGCAAAGUUGACUCUGAUCUGCAGAAUGUUGCAGAGUUCUUCCAAAAUCAGCUGAGCUAAAGAUUCCUUUCAGCCUCGAUUAACCAGAUCUUAUCAUGAUAAAUCACAGCAGCUUUGCAGGUUUGAAGUCUGCCUAUGGGGCGUGGGAACACACUGGACACACCUACAGCAAACCCAUUAUAAAAACAUUUCUCAUGUACCUGUUGUUCAGGAAAGGGUGUGCACACAAACUUUGAGUCUAGACUCCAGAUGAACCAGGGGUGAAGCUGGAGCGGUUCCUGUGUCUGUGUCUGCACUUAUGUAAAGUCAAACUCAGAAUUAAAACAAACAAAGUCAAUUCAGCAAAUGCAUGAAGGCAGGAGAUUCAGCCCAAAACAACCAGCCUCCAAAAAGCUUCUUUUGCAUGUUUAUAUUCUGAUUCUGAGAGAUGGUUUGCUGCCUGCAGCUCUGGACUGUCACAGUACUCAGUCUGCAGUACUUUGAGUCAGCAGCAUGUGUAGUGCGACGAAGAGGGACCAUGUUUGGUCCACAGACGAGGAGGGCGUGACCAAUGAGUGGAGGCCAGGUCACAGGGCUUAGUGGCUCAGGGUGGGGGGGGGACUAAUCCCUGCAAGCUGGAGCAUCACAGGAGAAGGAGAAGGAGGAGUGCUGCUGCAGAAAGACCUGAGGAAGAACAGACUGCAGAGAAAGACGGGGAGAGAGAGAAAGACAGAGAGUAACAGAUGGAGCAGGUGUAGGAGAGAUGAGGAGGAGUUAUGGCAACAGGUGGAUGGAGUGAGUGAAAUGACAGAGCUGAGAGAGAGAUAAGUGGAUGACUUUGGGUGAAGAGAAGAGAAAGUGAUGGAGCGAUUGUGGAGCAGGCAGACAGGGAGAGGGGGAGAGAGAGAGAGAGAGAGAGAGAGGCCACAGUGCUGAGUGAAGGAAGCAGCAGCAGCAUUUUUCAUGAUGCAGCUGUUUCUCUCCUCCAUUCACUGAGCAGCUUUCUGUGUGGCGUUCAGCUUGUCCCUUUCUUUUGUCUGGGCAGGGAGCUGCAGGCGGUGCUGCAGCUUGCUGCCCAGAAACACAAACUGCAUGAUGUGUUAAAAAAAAUAGUCCAGGGGACGAGGCCCUGGUCUGUUUUUUCAGCCAUGCUGCUGUCCCUGCGGGCAUCACUGGUACAAAGAUCUGAGGACAGAUCCAGAGGAUUAACUAUCAUUAGGCCUGCUGGCUGUGCCAGAUACUUAAAGGCUGCAACACACUGAGCACCUGAACAAAACAAGCUAACAAAGAAGGAGGAAAACAGGCUUUCACUACUAUCUGCUGCGCUGCACUCUCACCGGUCCAUAUCUCCCUCUGGUUUCUGCUGGAGAGGGUCUCAUUUUACAUUUAGAUCGUCAUCACCUCCAUAAGGAUGAUAAUGUAUUAUUAUGCCAGACGGUGACUGAGAAGCUCUGCAGCAUUGGAAAAGAUACACAGACACCAGUCUGUGGGUCCAGCGGUCAAUGGAAAAAAAGUGAGCCAGGAAAUUCUCCCAUAAUUCAGUCUGUGCUGUUGUCAUGAACAGAGAAACGAGCUACAGAGUCCCAAACAAUUACUGCUCCAGCCUGUAAACAUCUUUAUUUCUAACAUGGGGCUCUAUGGGGACUGACUCACUCCAGGACACAGCCUCGUGGGCACUGGAUGAACUGCAGUUUUAGCACUAAAACCUGUCAAGUCAAUGAUGAUUAUCCAAAUCAAAAUGAAGAAUUGAAACAGUAUUUGCAACAUAAUUUAACUUCAUCAGCAACAUCUCAACAUAAGCUUGUGAUAAGAAAUGGGAACAUCAGAGUACCUAGUCCAAAACCCUGUGGCACACCAUUUGUUUACUGGAGCUUUAGUUGGGCAUUUAAACAUGGGGCCCUGUGGGGGCUGACUCACUGCAGGAGCUUGCUUUUAGUGGACAGAGGAGGAACUGCAGCUGUGGAGAUCUACUUUUGGUAUCAUGUUACAGCCCAAAAGGUUGUUUUGGUUCCAGUUUAGCUUGCUAGUAUUAGCAUCUACCUCAAAGAACCGUUGUGCCUCAAAUAAUAAACCUGGACUCUUGGUUUUGUUCAGAGUCUGUCCCUAGAAGUGAUUCAUCUCCUUUCUGCUUUUAGCUGCUCCUCAUGCAGCUAAAAGCAGAAACUUUUAUUUUUAACCGUCAUAAAAUCACAAACUUUACAGCCAAUGAAAUUAAGCCUCUGAAACGGCUUGCAGACUUCCUCCCUUUAUCAGCGUCUGCUGUUGAGCUGAUAGAAAUACACCAUCCAGAUAACUUCUGAGUCUUUGCCAAACACGAUCUCAUAUUUUAAUUUGAUGGCUCUGAUGUUGGUUUUUAUCCAGCCCCUGUUUUAGAACUGGAAAUAAUGACAUGGAGUCAGAUAUCGGUCAUAAAUCUGUCAUAGUAUACACCCUUUGUUUGUUUGUGGAAACUCUUGAAUGGCAAUAAUCACCAUUUUUACUCUCCACAGAUGGAAGAACUACUGGAUACGAGGAGUACUGUCGUUUGCCAUGAUUUCAGGCUUUUGCCUCAUCAUCUACAUGGGACCUAUUGCUCUUAUUUUAGUGGUAAGAGACAGAGAAGAUCCUGCAGUUACAGGCCCAUCUACAUGUUAGCGCUCUGUUUUCUCAUCUCUGAGAUUUUUUAUGUAUUUAUUUGUUUUUCUGCUUGUCUCACAAAGGUAAUGACGGUCCAAAUAAAGUGUUUCCAAGAAAUCAUCACCAUCGGCUACCGAGUUUACCAUUCCUAUGAGCUCCCGUGGUUCAGGACCCUCAGCUGGUAAGAUCAACGCCUCCCCCCAGUAAACUGUAAACAGCUGACACAUGGUGCAGUUAUGUAUCUUUAAACAGGUUUUACCCUGAAAAUGCUGAACUUUUAGGGUCCUGAUGGUACCCCUCAAAGUCCUGCUCUUUUUGACUGGAGCAGUUGACUUGGUUCUUGGUACUGGAUUAUUCCAGACAUCACCUGAAAGUCACUUUUCAUAGCACUCUUUACCAAACCUCAGGAACUAUUUUGCAGCAGCACAACUGUUUCUGAAUCAUUCAGCAUGUGUCAUAUUCUGUAAUUUAAUGUUGUCAUUUAAAGGAGAGCUUUCUGAACUUUUGGAUAUACUAUUGAUUCAGGAGAAGUUAUUCAUCUCUGCUUUAGCUGAAAACACUGUCCUCAUGUUGGCUGAUCCUGUAAAAGUCUGCUGUAGUGAAACACUGACUCAGCUGCAUGAAAGAAACUGAACCUGCAACACACACCUUAUUAACAGGUUACCUUUACCUGCACACACACACACACACACACACACACACACACUCAGAGCGGCACUCACAGAAGACAGGAGCAAAGGUCACUGCCAGGUUGGAAGCAAAUGAAGCUAAUUGAAACUUGCCCCUGAAACCAAGGACACUUGUCAUAGUAACACAAAUACACACACAUGCAAACUCACGCACACAAAAAAAACAAACAGCAGGUGACUGUGGAGAAGCUGGGAAGUUUAGGUUAAAGUGCAGAAAAACAGAAAGUGAGGAAAAGCCUGUUUUUCUGUCUCAGGUAUUUCCUGAUCUGUGUGAAUUACUUCUUCUAUGGCGAGACGCUGGCUGAUUACUUCGGCGCUCUGGUGCAGAGGGAGGAGCCUCUGCAGUUUCUGGCUCGUUAUCACCGUUUCAUCUCCUUUGCUCUGUACCUGGCAGGUGAGUUUCACCUUUAAGAUUUUUCUUUGAACCCACCACUCGUGUUUCCUGUAGAGGGAAUGUAUCUGCAGCAGGAACAGUGUGUUUGUAAAAGACACAUUUAUGCAGAGAGAGAGUUGAAAAUGAUUGGUAUACAGGAGGAGCUUGUUUCUCUUUCAUGUCUUUGGGCUCUCUUGUCCUGAUCAGAUAUUUUAUUUUAACGAUUAUUGAGAAGAAAAUCAGAAAUUUUUUAAAGAAGUUUCAGAAAAAAAGAGAAAAGAAUUUCUAACACAGCAGAAAUUCAUCUAACCUGUCCGCCCCAAACCCUGCACCCUCCGUACACCCCAAAAGUGAUAUGCUAUAGAGCAGGGGUUCUCAAUUACAAAUGUAAAAGGUCCAGAAAAUACAUUUUGAGGAAGUCAUAGGUCCACAGCGCAUGUGUGGUGAAAAAUGUUGGCGUUUUUUAUUUUUUUUAACCUUUUUUAUGUUUUUAUGUAGUUUUAGGCUGGGUGUACUGUACUGUAAUAAUCAGGAGUUAUUGGAAGGCACAAAAACAUUCAUUUUCAGUAUCACACUGAUAUUCUUUCUUACUUAGCAUUACUCAAUAAGAUAAAAUAAGCUUUUUAUUUCAUCUGUUUGUAGCUCAGAAUUUGGGGGGCAAUCUAUCAAAAUCACUUCUCAUAAUGGCGUUUUAUGUUUUCACUUUUUAUCAGAGCAACAGUGCUUUGCACAAAAGACACAUUGGCUUUGUGCUUGAAGGAGGUAAGAUAAUCAUAUAUUUGUCGGUCCAUUCGUCAGUGAAUCAGCGAUUUUCAGUGUCCACCUUUCUCUGAUUUGCCGUUUUGAUGUCGGGUGCUGGGUGUGAGCAACGCUCCUGCUGCAAAGACGUUACCGCUGCCUGUGCCGUGCAAAGAAGACAGACUGAAGGAGGACGAUGUGUGACUGCCGGUUUGCGUAGUUAUCAGCCAAUCAGCGCAUAAUACAAGCGUGAGCAUGCGCACAGUCACACACACACGCUCUCUCUCUCUCUCUCUUGGAGAGUCAGAGAGAGUGCUGUGCCGUGUUGUUGUUUUUUUAUUUUGCUCUGGGUCCACAAAGAGGUGGUCCUAUUGCCGACCCUUGAGUGACCCUGAGUGUAUUUUUGUAAACUAAAAAGGGCACUAGAAGUUUAUAAGUAGUAAACUAAGAGUAUACCAAGAAGUUUACUUUUAAGUAUCCUUCAAGUGUACUUUUAUAAACUAAAAUCGGCCAAUUUAGUCCCAACAAGUUUACCAGUAAGUACACUGGUAUUAUAUUUCUGUAAUUGUACAAAGUAUACUUGGGGAAGUGUACUGAAAUGAUAUUCAUAAAAUGUACUUGAGGUUUACUUGUUUUUGGUAAGGGUGGGGCUCCUGAGUGGUCUGAUCCAGCUUAAACACAAGUAUGAACCUAACUGAGGAUCUUACAAAUGCUGAAGGAUUUAUUAAAUUCAGAUUUGAGUGUGAACACUGUGAGUAAACUGAUAGUUUGAUCAGAUCAUCAUCAGCUGUCCGACACUGAUUUGCUGCUUCUAUAACAGAGCGUCAUCUCAUAACACGUUAAGGGUCUCAUCAGGUUGAGCGCGCACUCACUCCUGAGUGUGGCUGACUCAGUUGUCUUUCAGUCGACCGAGCCGGGCAUCAGCAGCAGUUUUUGGUCUGAACGACACACUAAAGUAGACAGCAUCUUCAUCAUCUUCAUUGGUUUGUCUGCAGAAACAGCUCCCCGAGGGUCUCCGGCUCAGAGAUCAGACAGAGAGGCUUUCACUGCCUCUUAGAUUCAGGACUGAGUUAGCCUCUGAACCCACUGACUCCUGUUUUUUUCUGAAAUGUUUAUGCUUUGUUGACUGUGAUGCAUAUUUCAAUGACCUGUUGGAGACUGACAGCAUGUUGUUUACUCUUUCACAGGUUUCUGCAUGUUUGUGCUGAGUUUAGUGAAGAAACAUUACCGCCUGCAGUUUUAUAUGGUGUGUAUCAGCAGAGUAAACUCUCCUUUUCCUCACUAACCUUCCUCUCCUCCCACUCACUGCUCCUCACCUCCUGUGUUCUCCCCCUGAAAACUCACUUUGUGCUCAGACAUUGUAGAAAUCAUUUCAAAAUCAGGCUUUUUAGAAAUCAAAUCUUUCUGCUUUUAAAUGGCUUUUAAUUCUUACUGUUGUUUUAAUGUCAUAGUUUGUAAAGGGCCAUCCGCCUCAGUGUGCUGUUUGUCUGACCGACUGUAAUUCUGCAAUGGUUUCAGCUUCAUUUCACUUCUCAUGCAUCUCUUUGCUUUUUCCUGCUGCCAUACAUUCUGCACCAAGUCCUCAACCCUGAUUCAUAAAAAAUGACUGAGUAAAACGUAGGUUUGUUGAAUGGAGGUCAGAUCAUCAUGUCUGAUGCAUUCAGGGAAGUCUGUAAAUCUAAACUCUGAUUGUCCCUGGUGACUGAGCAUCAGUCAGAUUAGUGUCUUAGUGUAAAUGUUUGAUCUAGAACAGAUUGUUAGCUGACCUUCAUGCAGAUAUCAGUUUCUACAGAGACAGAAAUCCUCCUUAGAUCACCAACCAUGAGAGCUGGAGGUCUUUAUAGAGGACUGUGUUCCUCUUGCUCUUGCUCUCCAUACUGACUGAUUCUCCAGCAGACACUAAAACCUGCUCACACCUGAUUGGUGCACACUACUCAGACUAAACUCAGAAACCAGAACACUUCAGAAAACCCAAACCCGGAAAACCCAGACCCUGUUUAUGAAACUUAUGUUUUGUUGAACCGUAAAGUUCUAACCCACCUUAAAUACUCAUUCCUCUUUUUGUUAUAGUCCUUUUAGGAUAAUUUUUCCCCCAAAAUAUUUCUGACUCUCAUCCUUAAAUAUCUAACAGCUUUUCUGUUUGCUGCCUGCUCCCCCUCCCUCUCUCUCUCUCCCACCCCCCACCCCGUCUCUCAUUCUGUCACCUGUUUUCCUCCUUGUCAUUCACCUCAUCUGUCCAUUUGUAUGAUUUCAUGAUUUCUGACACCAGCCGACGUUCUGAUCCGCCGUGCCACAUUCCAGUGCAGUGACGCUGUGGUGUUUGUGUUUGUGUUUGCCAUUCCAGUUUGCUUGGACCCAUGUGACCCUGUUGAUUGUGGUAACUCAGUCCCACCUUGUCAUUCAGAACCUGUUUGAAGGGAUGAUCUGGUAAGCAGGACACAGACAGACAGACAGACAGACAGGGGGAAAGCUGCCAUGUUGUCUUUGAGAGUCACUGCACAUGUGUGGUGUCAUCACUGUUUGGCGCUCAUUAUGCCGGAAAAUAAUGUUUCAGUGACGCAACAAAAAAUUCAUUUAGAAGUGAUUUUCCAGAAAAAAACAAAAAUAUGAUAAUUUUUCUGUUUAAAGGGAAGUUAAAUUCCAUGGUCACAUACAAACAGUCAUAUUUACAGCCAGGCUUAGGUUGGAUCAGAUUCUGUCCUGGUGGUGGUCUGACCUUCUCUCCUGGCGUCCUGGCGUCAACUUCAUUUCUCCAGGUUCAUUGUCCCGAUCUCCAUCGUCAUUUGCAACGACAUCAUGGCUUACCUGUUUGGAUUCUUCUUUGGGAGGACGCCUCUUAUCAAGGUGAGGCAAACGUUUCCUGUGUCUUUCUAGUUAAGUUUCAUAUUUGGGAAUUUUAAAGGUGUUUCUGUCAUCUAUCAGUUUUAUAAAUGCGGAUGUAUCUCACACUGUAGUUAUACACACUUCCUUAUCUGGGAGAGCAUGAGCUGAUCGUUGACCAAAAUGUUCCUCUUUAGGAUGGAGAUUGAAAGUAUUCUCCAUGAUUGAAUAAUUGAUCAAUAAUUGAUUUUCCCUGUGACAGUAGAAUACCAAAUCAUGGCUUCUUCACAGCAGCGGACUGAGACAGAUAUCGACAAACAGAGCAGGUUCAUAAAAUAGUGACACAGGCUCUUGGCUCUUUUAAAAUUAGAGUUUCUGUUCAGACUUGAGGUAGAACUUGGAUUUAAGCUGACACAGUUCAUCAGGAUGCCUGUGCUCCUCACAGAGCAAGUGGAUUUUACUGUUAGUCACUACAAUGCUGAUGUUGUAAACACUACAACCCAAGCCACAUAUAUCAGCAUCAACCACAAGAGGGUUGUUAUUGAACUCUGGAUCCAGGCUGAUCCCAUUUUGUUCAUGUGUGUUUGAAAGUAAAGAACCCUCUGAUAUCGGGUCAGUACAGGUGUGAAUGGAUUCAGCCGGUCUGAUCCUGAUCAUCCAGCUCCAUCCUGGAGAGUUUGAAUCAGACUAACCUGCAGGUUUUAAAGUAAACACAGAGCCCAGAGUCUCAUUAGGUCAAAGUUGAAACUCCCCCUCAGCUCUGAGAAGUUUCAGAAAUGAAGGUUUGAGUGUUUCUGCUGCUCUUUAUUCAUCCACACAGGAGUCUUUCAGUAACCCAGAGGACAGUGGGAUAAAGGAGGUUUCUGUAAAAUCACAUGUAGUUUGCGGCCAGGCUGAUGUCACGUCCAUAUGAAAGAGUCUUUGUUUCUGUCCCUCCUCCUCCCCCCUGCAGCUCUCCCCCAAGAAGACCUGGGAGGGUUUCAUCGGAGGCUUCUUCUCCACUGUGGUCUUUGGCUUUAUCGUGAGUACACGUCAUCUGUUUUUACCAAACUCUCACAUGAUCUGAGUAGUUUUGCUCCUCAUAGUCUUUCUAUUUCAUUUCUUCCUGCAGUUUAAAGCAACAGAAACUCUUUAAAAACUUAAUUACAUUCUGUGAUCCCACUUUUACUGAUCAGAAGUUCAUAAGCAUGUAGCUGGUGGAAUCUGGUCACACAAACCAGAUCCAGUCUGAUGCAGGAUUAUAUCCCAGCAGAUUUUAGAGUGGGGGAUUCCAGAGAUUGCAGGUAUGAUAGUUAAUAUGAUAAGAUCUUAGAGCAGUAGUGAAUUUUUGGGCUGUGCAGUAAUAUGAAUGUGCCAUAGUUUUUCUAUCACAUUCACAUGAUGCUGUUUAUGACAAUAAAAACUCAGGGCCCGAUGCUGCAGGAUUGUGCUGCUUUUGCAAAUGAGACACGCGGAGUCGCACACUAUGUCAGAUUCAAAAAGCACAUCGAAAGGGUUCAACGCAGCAGAGACUGCACUGUUCAGGUGCUGUCUGCACAUAUUUCAAUGCAUCAUGAUAAGAGGGAUCAUAGUCAGCACAAGGUAUCGCUCCUAAACCUAUGCAUUAUCAGGAUGGAUGGACUGAAGGAGACCCCCUUCCCUUGCAGAGUGUGCAUUAAAUGCUGCAGGGGGUCAGAUGUGAGAGGCAAAGAAAGACAAGAUAUCCUCUAAAUAAUAAAUAUUGUUUGAUGAUCUAAUACUGAUUAAAAAUGGAGAAAAGCACAUUUCAACAAACAUCCUGUAUUUGACACAGGUUCUGGGAUUCUGUCCUUAUUUAUUUUAUCAGAAAAAUGAUCAUGUAUUCAAUCAUUUAAGCUCUGUGUGUCAUACCUGUAACAGGCCUGGAUCAUCACCCAGGUGCAGGUAUCAGGUGGUGGUAUUAGACCCAGAGUAUUAAUAUUGAGGUUUCUGUUUGUUUGAUGUGUUUUCCCCUUAGCUGUCCUACCUCCUGUCUCAGCUUCAGUACUGUGUGUGUCCUGUGGGCUUCAACAGUGAGACCAACAGCUUCAUGGUCGAGUGUGAGCCAUCGGACAUCUUUGUGAUACAGGAGUACACACUCCCUGCUGUGGUGCAGAACACUCUGAGUUGGGUAAGACUGUCUUUUUAUUUUUAAAGCAUCAAAAUCCAUCUCGAAAUGUCCAAUUUUAGGAUCAGGUUAAUAUGCACAGCAGGUCCCUCCGUCUUAGGCAUGACGAUGCCUCCUUAACAGAAAUAAAAUCACUGAAAUACCCUUAAAAACUUUACUGUAAGAAAAGAAUAAUUUUGAUAUCAUAUAAUAUUGAAAAGUAGUUUUAACAUGAGUUAGUUUUGUAUUAUUCAGCUGCACAACAAUGAUCUGAACUUUCCUGUGUGUGGGUCUUCAAAAGGUCCUAAAAUGUCUUGAACUUGAUUUUAAAAAGUGUAAUUACCCUUUGCUGCACCUUAAUCUCCUGUAACAGGAUCCCUGGCAGCAGAAAAAAAUGCAAACUUUCCUCUCAAAGUCUACCUGAAAACUUUGUUCAGAGUGUGAACAUUUUGCUCGCUGAGGUCACCUUUUAGAUCUUUAGAUAGUUAGUACAAACAUUGUUGAUAACAUGCAGCUAAAAAUCUAGAGGUGAAUAAAAUCCUGUUAAAUCCCCUUGAAUCUACCUGGUUUCAUCAGUUUUUGUUUGUUAAUUGUAUUUCUUCAAAAGUUUAAUAUACUGUCAAAACUGAGUAGCUCAAUGAAAUUUCUCAUAAACUGCUCUGCCGCAGCUUGAUUAUCUCCUCUCUGCUUUGAUAACACUUUGGACAGCCAGGACCUGAGGAUGACUCUUCUUCACUGCUGUCUGAAUCACUUUUUUAUCUUUUUUCUCAUCUCUUCCUCAGAAAACGGUGAACCUGUACCCGUUUCAGAUCCACAGUAUUUUCCUCUCGUCAUUCGCCUCUCUCAUUGGACCAUUUGGCGGCUUCUUCGCCAGCGGCUUCAAGCGAGCCUUCAAAAUAAAAGUGAGGGAUAUCACUGUUUCUUCCUUAAAUUCUCUUUGUCUGUGAUUUUUACCUCAUUGUUUACAGUCAUGUUUAUUUCUAAUUAGCAUCUACAGUUGGUACAUUUUCCAACAAAGCAAUAAUCAAGAGGACACUGAAGACACAGCUCUCCUGGAGAAACCGUAUUACUGUAGGGAUCCUUUCUGUCACUGUUUCAGACACUCAAAAUAACAAUCUUAAACUGUCAGGGACUAAAACACAAACUUUUCUUUAACUAUAUGAGCUCGAACUCUAAAUCUCUCUCGGGGGUUUGGACUCCGUGUGUCUGUGAAGUCCUGAUUCAAAUGUUGAAUUCAGCUUCAACACUCCUUCAUUCAAGGCCCUGUUUAUCUACAGUGCAGUGAUUGGAGCUCCACCCAGACAGUUUCAUUCAGACCUCUGAAUAUGUCAGGAGCUGGUCAGACGACUUUAACUGCCGCGUGGAGCAGAGAUUUUCCUUAAAGUGACAGUAACCUCUGCUUUGAGUAAUCCUGCUCAUGUGUGCAGGCUGUGGAGGUGACCAGCACCCCCUCACAUUCACUCUGUCAGUCAGGGGGUUUAAGCAGCUUGUUACAGAGCUUCCUCUGACAGUACACCAGUUCAAGCUCAUGUAAUCAGCACGGUGACGGUAUCAGGGUUUGACAGGUGAUCUUUGCUAACAGCGGCAUCCAAACACCAGUGCAGAAUUGUGAAAAUAACCCUCCGAUAAAGACAGAGAAGAAACACCUCAGUGCUGAUCUGAUAUAGCUGGUCUCUUCUCUGCCACAGGACUUUGCCAGCACUAUCCCAGGUCAUGGAGGCAUCAUGGACCGGUUUGACUGUCAGUACCUGAUGGCCACCUUCACACACGUCUAUAUCGCCAGCUUCAUCAGGUAAGAACAUGAUCCAGUAAAAUUUCAGGUGGUGAAAGCUUCAACAGCCAGACAAGAAGCAGCAGAAUGAGCCUUUACCCUGUUUUACAGAGACCUUACUCCUGCAGGUUUCUACAUGUCCUCACCAGAAUUAGCUUUCCUUUUUUAUUUACUAUCAAACUGCAUUUCUCCAAAUAUGCUGAGGUAACAUUUGGUUUUGGUCGGUUUCCUCCUCAAAAACAAAAAGUGCAGCAACAGAAAAUAAACUAACAAAUGUCAGAGAAAGUUCGAAACCCUGAACGCUUCUGUCAGUCCUGACUUCUUCAAACUUUCAACAGUUUCUGCAGCUCCAAAAAAAAGAGUCAAAAUGCUGUGAGAGUGUUUCUAAAACAGAAUGUGAUGGUCUGCUAAACACUUAAAGACUGUUUUUGAAUGAAGACAACAAGAUUGAACUUAAACACCGAAAUAUUCUCGUUUAAAAAAAGUUCUCAGAGGAACACUCAAACAGAAAAAAAGUUCAGCACAGACAGGACUCUAGAGUGGACAUCACUGCAUGGGCUCAAAAUCACUUCAAAAACCAUUGUCUGAACACAGCUCAUCACUACAUCCACAGAGUUUUUUUUCGUAAACUCCAGAAACUGGUCUCCUGGGUUCAAUAAGGUAUACAGUGGUGUUAGUCUUCAACUUUAAAUGAUCUGCUAACCACCAGUUCUGUUUCUCUGUUUUCGCUGAGAUCAUAUAUGUGAUUGUUAUCUUACAGAGGACCGAACCCAAGCAAAGUGCUGCAGCAGCUGUUGAUGCUUCAGCCUGAACAGCAGCUCAGCAUCUUCCACACUCUGAACACACACCUGAGAGAGAGAGGCAUGCUGCCCCCGGCUGCUGCACAGGCUGAGUGAAACACUGCUGGCUACAAGCAAGGAUGACUGGAGAGCAUAUAUGAGGGUUUGGAGAGUUUGUGUAAGCAUGCACGCACAGACACACACAUAUACACUCAUAAAGAUGGCUGUUUGAUUUGUGUGUGAACCAAAGCCAUUCACAGAGCUUCCAUCGUCAUCCUGCUGGCUCUUUAUUUGACUUAAAAUCAGCUCCAAAUCCAGACUCUGGACCUGAGGUGACUCUUCAGACUACAGGGUAAACCUUGUAGGAAAAAAACACAUCAACACAACUUAAAAAAAAAAAAAAAGAAAACAGGCAGCUUUGUAGCUUCCAGCUGGACCUGCGCACAAACUACAAAAACACACACUGAAGUUCAAACCGAAGGAACUGACAACAGCUCAUGACUCCUCUGCACAGACAGAUGGUGGAUGUGCAGUUUACAUGUGGACGCAGAUCUUGCACUGACUCUAGCUGAACAAAGAGUUUCAGAAGCUUUUACCAGCAGAAACUGGGCCCAAAGAGAGGGGCAGGUGGACCUGCGCUACAGCAAACAGACUGAUGAGACUCCUCUGUGUUGGUUUGGGUGGAGAAACCAUGCAGCAGAAACAAACUGUUGACUCUGUUUUAUAGACUCUUCUCUAUUUAAAGCUCCUAACCUCACUGCGUAACAAAAACAUGUAGCAUGUACGCCAGUCCUGCUUAACCAAGCCAUGUUUAUCUCCUCCUCCUCCACCGUGUGAACUGUAGCUUUUAGUUUUCUGUCUGAAUCUAAAAAAGUUGCACAAUAAAAGUCAGCCAAGUUUGACUGUAGGCAUGCUAACGCAGAAACUAGAGCAUCAACACUUCAGCUUCAUCUAAUGUACAUAGAUAUACUGGAAAUAUUUAUCUGAACAAAUACUAUGACAUACUAUAACUACUUAUGUGACCUGCUGCAGAAAAAAAAAAACACUUUUUAGCUUUGAGAAAUGAUAUGCAAAAAGAGUCUUACAUAGCCUUUAGCAUGAUUCAAGUAGAUUUUUAAGAUUAAUGUAGGUUUGAUAAGAGGUUGCUGCUUUUUAGAGGGAGUGCUGGGUGAGCCUUUAUUAACAGAGGGGUGAAAGGAAGAGUUUGACAUCUGGGAGGAAAGAGCUUCAUUUUUGCUGGGAAAAUGAAGAAUUUGAUCUUUUUCAUGUCUGAGUGUUUGGUCUGGAGGCAGUUAGCCUCAUUAAUAUUCAGUCUGACUGACACUGACAGUGUAGUCUUUCUUUCAAAUGAACGACAGCAGUCUGUGUGGGUGGAAGCUCAUAUUAGGGAUGCAUGAAAUCCUCAAGAGCCCAAACUUGACAUCACAGUUAAUAUUUUAUGUUAUUGAAGUCUGAUUUAUUGCAGUACACGUGUUUGAACAGGAAGAACGUGUUGAGACUGAGGUCUGUUUUGCAGGAAUUUCUUGCAAAUUUGAGAUAAAAUGUCAAACUCCAAGAAAACAGAAUAAGACAUUUUUGACAGUAAUUUUGUAAUUCUGAGAUCCAAACCAGAAUUCUGAUUUUGUUUUCAGAAAUCUGGGUUCAAAGUCAGAAUUCUGAACCUAAAAAGACAAGAGUCAAAGACGAUUUCCUUUCUUCUAUUUUGAGGAUGUAAUGUCACAAACAUACACACCAUUUUUAACUCCGACCUCAGUUUUCUUUUAUAUACAACCACCUGUGUUGGUAAAAGUGUGUCACAGCCUUGACCAUGUUUGUCCUGUAUGGAAAUGUAAAGGUUCAGGCAUGUGUUGCCUGCCUUUAAGAGGAGCUCUAUUUGAAAAAAUGCUUCUGUGCGCCAUACUGAAAGACAGAAUGUAUUAUAAGAAAUAAGUUAAACAGAACCCUCUGCUUUCAUUAUGUAUGCUAGGCCAAACUAACUCCCUCCCUUGCUGUGAAACCAGACUUCAUUUACUCUCACAUGAGUUUGAUGGCCGUUGUCUUUCUACCUCUCUGACAGAAAGGGUUUUGAUUCUUCAAAUGUUGAACUGUUCCUUUAAAAUGUUCUUUCUGUGUCCUCCAACUCGAGGUUUGUGUAAGGGUGAAAAAACUUCUUAUGCAUUAAAUCACUGUUAAAUUAUUUAGCUUGAAUGUAGUUUCAGAUCUAGGAUGUUAUCAAUGAUAACGUCAGAUUGAAGUACAUGUAGUGUGUGUGUGUGUGUAUUUACAGUAUCAAAACACUACUGUAUGUACAUAUAUGAGCUCUGGUACUGUGGGCCGAGGUUUUAUCAGCAAUAUUUGAUUUUUAUGCAAAGUGAGGUUUGACUCCUCCGAGUGUGGGCCGGUUGAUCUACUUCUGCGGGGAGUCUGAGACAUUCAGAGAGUACAUUUAUGCAUCAUGAGACUGUCACAGCGCUGCGUUUGUGCAGAUCCUCUGAUUUAAUUUAAGAGACAACUGUUUACCAAAGCACUGUCUGAUGAACACUGAUUUCUGUCUGUUUAUUGAAGAAGCUCUGCCGCCCUCAGCCAGACUCUCACCAUCCUCUGACUGCUUUGAGAACCAGGAAAUGGUGAGAGUUUGAAUCUGCAAGUCUGAAUCUGUUUGAAUGUGUGUCACUUUGACUCUACUCACCUCCUGUGCUCAGACCCUUAGGAGGUUUGAACAGAUUUCUUUGGAGCAUUUUUGCUGGUUUGGAGAAGAAAAGGGUGCUGUGUUGAUUUUUGGGACCAGCUGUUUGUACUGUAUGAACCUGCUUUACACAUUUUUGUCCUUUUCAACCUUUACUAUCAAAAAAAUCAGAUCAUGCUAGCAUCUGGAGGAAGUUCAGACAGACGCAAAAAUCACCCAAAACACACAAUCGGCGGUCACAUGACGUCUGCUUCUUCAACAGCUGUUUAACAUGCAGAGUCUGGAGUGUGCGGCCAGUAUUAUUGAACAAUUUCACUGCACAAAUAACUGUCCGUUUAUCUUUUAAAUUCUCAAAAAAUCUUCCUUUGAGUUUCUCAUGGUGCAUGUGGCUCCUGCUUUGCUUAGUAGACCUGGUAUCAGACUGAGAAAAGCAGCAAAGCUCUUAAAAUUAAGAAUAAGAGGCCAAUUUAAUCUGGAUUAUUAUGCAAAAUGAUAAUGAAUAUUGCAUAAGAACACUAAACUGUAGAGCCCCCCUUUAUAAAGUCUCAUUAUACUAACUGACAUAAAAAAAUAAAAAUAAAAAUAAAAACAUCAGAGGACUUCCCAAAUUUAGCAGUGUAAAGCACCAUCACCGAGAAAAAUCAUGAACAGCAGAAUAGUGAAUCCAUUUCUAUUUAACAGUCAAAUGGAGAAAAUGCUGAAAUGAAGCUGUUUCAACUCUAAUGUCACAUUUUGGCUCAUAGACAAUCAGACAGGAUCAUAAUUCUAUAGAUACUAUUAUUAUGAGAUUAAAAUCCUCCAAACCGGACAUAAUGUCAGGUUCAAAGUAAAAUCAAAAAACAGUAAAAAUGUGAAAUUGUUCAUUUUCAGAGUAAAGACGAAUCAAAUCCUGUGAUUUUUAAAAUAUUUUCUUAAUUGGUUACCCAAAAUGAAGAGAAAGUCAAAUACUCUCCAAACACUCCAGACUCCAGGUUUCAGUUUUUUCUUUAGAGCUGGGGCCUGUUCUACGAAGCAGGAUUACUGCUUAGCAAGGUAACUUCGAGGGUAAGUUCGGGGUUUCCUGUUCUACGACGCAGGUUUACUUCUUAGCAAGGCGAGUCUCCAUGGCAACGUACGCUGAACGACUAACCUGCUCCGGGGCAGGUUAGGUUCCAGAUUGAACUCAUCGAGUAUAAAAACCCCGCCCACUGGCCAAUGAGCUCUCUCGAAAAAUGGCUUGUCCGUUCUUGUAGGAUCCUAUACACCUCGGUGCUGGCAUUGUCCGAGGAGCACUCCGGUGCGCGAGAGCUGCAGGGACUGCACGGACCCACUUACUUUUCCGGAUGACCACCUUUAUGAAAGGCUUAUAUGGCAUACAUAUCACACAAAAAAUGCAAACACGAUCGAAAUGAACAAAUUAGUGAUUCAUCUUGGAAAUGAAUUAGACAUGUCUGGUGCAUGUUAAAAGCGCAUGUUGAACAGUGCUAUUUCAGGGUGAUGAUGGCAUCAAGGACUUUUUGCGCACUAUACUUAUGCAUUGAGACUGUCGGCGAUUUUCUGCUUUUUCUGCUUUUCUGCUUUUGAGGUUUAUGAUAGAUUUGAAUUCUUCAUACUUUCUCAUGAUCGUCUCCUGCUCCUCUUUGGAAAGUACGUGGUCUUUCGCUCUCUGGCCUGCUCUGACGCGCCAGACUGGUCCAUGUUCCCAAUUGGUCAGAUACGGCAGAAUGGAUCCACUUACGAGGUUGAUAACCAGCGUCGUAAGACCGUUUAGCGAGACCGGUGGCUACCACGCUAAGUUGAGCGAAGUAACUCCAAGGCUACCUCACUAGGUUGAACCUGCUUCGUAGAAUAGGCCCCAGAUCUGAGCGCUUUUUUGUGUGUGCUUUAAUUUAUAUUUUUAUUCCAGUCCUGAGGCUGAAACGCUCGAGGGUCAGAGUUUAAAGUAGGAAAGAAAACAAGAUUUUAGGAGCCAAAAAGUCUGAUAAUGAUGCACUGCAGAUGUUUGGGGUUUUUGUCUUUUUAAUUUAUCAUUUUGUGAAUAUUUUGUUUGACUUGCUUUGAGCAGAAAUGUUUUCUAAUAAUGGAGAUCUUAAGCUUCUGGAGUGGAUUUCAGAUUAUUGUAAAGAGAAUGGGAUGGUAAUAUAUUUAGGGAAAAAACUUAAUAAUGUGCACCACACAGAUCUUGGUAGGGAUGCUGUAAAGAUGUUUACUGUAUAGAGGUGAAUAAAGGUUUGUUUCUCCUAAAU